GUCUCGGCGGAGGCGGGGAAAUUUUGAACAAUGUGCGCCGAAAACGGUGAUUUUAAAGGCUUUGGACCAGAAUUCGGAUUUAGCACAAUGGCAAGAAACUGAGCGGAUGAACUAACUUCGGUAUCUGGAAAACUGCUUCGGUUGGGGGAAAGAGAUGUCCUGGAGAAGUAACACACGGUGGUCUGCUCUGUGAACUUCAUGGGAAAAGAGGUUAAGAGGAAACUUUUUAAAAGAAACUAGAGUUUUUCCUGCCUGAAGCUGAGGACUUGGCAAGAAAACACAAGAUGUCUCCUGAUUCAAAAAAACUUUUCAACAUAAUUAUUUUGGGAGUCUCGUUUAUGUUUAUAUUCACUGCUUUCCAGACAUGUGGAAAUAUUGCGCAAACUGUUAUCACCAAUUUAAACAACACGGAUUUUCAUGGUAGUGGCUACACAAGCAUGUCCAUUAUUUAUGGAGUAUUCUCUGCAUCAAAUCUCAUAUCACCUUCAGUGGUUGCGAUAGUAGGACCUCAACUCUCCAUGUUUGUUAGUGGCAUAUUUUAUAGCCUCUACAUUGCAGUUUUUAUCCAACCUGCCACAUGGGCUUUCUACACUGCUUCUGUUUUUAUUGGCAUUGCAGCUGCUGUGCUCUGGACGGCACAGGGAAAUUGCUUAACUGUAAAUUCUGAUGAAAACACCAUUGGAAGGAACAGUGGAGUAUUUUGGGCACUCUUACAGUCCAGCUUGUUUUUUGGUAACCUCUAUAUAUACUUCGCUUGGCAAGGAAAAACUCACAUAUCAGAGAGCGAUCGCAGAACUGUCUUCAUUGCCCUGACUGUUAUCAGUCUUGUGGGCACAGUUCUGUUCUUUCUGAUUAGGAAACAAGAGGACACAAAAGCUCCAGGGGAGGAAGAUUCUGCUAAUGAAAUCCUGGGGGAUGGCUCGUCUGCACAAAACAAACUGGCGAGAGCAGUGGCUGCCUUCAAGAAAUCUAUAAAGCUGAGCUUCACCAAAGAGAUCAUGCUUCUCAGUGUCACAACAGCCUACACAGGUUUGGAAUUAACAUUCUUUUCUGGAGUAUAUGGAACAUGUAUUGGUGCUGUGAAUAGGUUUGGCAGUGAAGAGAAGAGCCUUAUUGGCCUCUCGGGUAUUUUUAUUGGUGUUGGAGAAAUCUUAGGUGGAGGACUCUUUGGUUUACUGAGCAAGAACAACCGCUUUGGCAGGAACCCUGUUGUGAUGCUGGGCAUCGUUGUCCAUUUCAUUGCCUUUUACUUAAUUUUUUUCAACAUGCCAAAUAACGCCCCUAUUGCUCCUAUGGAAGGAACAGAUGAUGUUGCUUAUAUGAUGCCAAGCAAAGAGGUGGCUAUAUUCUGCAGCUUUCUGUUGGGCCUGGGGGACAGCUGCUUUAACACCCAGCUCCUCAGCAUUUUAGGAUUCCUGUAUUCAGAAGACAGUGCUCCUGCCUUUGCCAUCUUUAAGUUUGUUCAGUCCAUCUGUGCUGCAGUUGCUUAUUUCUACAGCAACUACUUUCUUCUGCAGUGGCAGCUCCUGAUCAUGGUGGUUGUGGGCUUCUUUGGGACAAUUACCUUCUUCGCCGUGGAGUGGGAAGCAGCAGCAGCUCUCGCUGCCCGCGGCUCGGACUACAGCAGCAUCUGAUCUGGGUACCACGUCUCGUCCAACCACAGGGAAAACAGGCACGUUUAUUGUGAAGGGAUGCCAGGAGGUGGAAAAAACCAAGUCACUGCAGAGCUGAAGACGGAGGAAGCUACUUCUAAAUCACCAUCAGUCUUAACUGAAUGUGAAAUAAGGGAGGAAAAAAAAUGCCACACUUGAAAGGCUUUUUUUCUUGCUUUAAUUGCCAGAGUGGUAUGCAUGUUCUUAACAGUCUGGUAUUAGAAAUGGAAGGAAAUGUAGAGAUCUAUGUAUUGAGCAGUUCUGUUCUGAGAUGUACCUUUCAGAAUGUAAUUGCCUAAUUUCACUCUACCGUGCACUACAAAAUUGCAGUUUCAUUUUUUUCCCCCUAAAUUAUUUUUCCUAUAUUCCGAUUCUGCAGAUGCUUGAAUUCUUGCAUUGAAUAAGUGAUGUUUUUAUAAGGUACACUAUAUUGCCAAAUGUAUCUGCACAACCGAGAAAACAAUUUAUGUCACUGACCUUUUUUCAACAGUUAGAUAUGAAGAAGUAUUUCUGUGGGAAAUGUUGCCUUCUUAUUCUGCAUCACCCAGAUCCUUUUUCCCCAACCAUUUGCUUUUUAAUCUAUUUAAUGUGCUCUUAAUUUUUUAUUUUUUUUUUAAGAAAGAAUGAGGGUGUAGUGUGACAGGAAGGAUUUUACAAGCAUUUGAAGAAGUUACUCUUAGCUGUCUUAAUACUUCACAGACCACAGGAUCCCUUCUUGAUAAUUGGGAAGAGUCUCUUGGUGCAGCAUCUCGGAGUUGAGCUGUGUUGGCAGAGCUGCCAAAACUCUCUCAGGGCAAUGAAGGACCAUAAGACAUGGCUUCCAACCCAGCCUCCCAAAUAGUUCUUUCGAGUUCAGUGAAAUUUCCAUCAUAAUCUGUGGUGGGAGCAUUGUCUAAGGUAACUUUUUAAAACUACAAAUAGACUCGGAAUGUGAACUGUAAAAAUAAUCUUGCAGUGUUUAUUUUGCUGCAUAGUCUAAAAAUAGCUGAAACGCUUGACAUAAGUUGUUUCAUUCAAGAUAUUUUGGGCUGUGCUGUAAUCUUACUCUGCCAAAUGCAAAACAAGGAUACUACUAGCAUAGUAACUAAGUUUUAAUGCAAAACUCUUACAGAAGAUAUAAUACAGGCAGUGAAUGCAACUCGCCUUGAUUUUUAUCUGUCUGUGUGACUCUGUAGUACUUGCAGUUACAUUUCUGUCUAGCAGGCAAACAGGAUACAACUGUGAGCAGGUAGGGAGCACUGAGAAGGUGUUUUUAGACAUUCCAUAUAGCUAUUUUUAGAAAAGUACUGCUCACCAACCUUUUUUUUUUUUUUUAAUGCACAGUCAGAAUGUUAAUGUCUUCUCUUUAAAGACAAGUUAAAAAAAGUUGACUGGGUGUGCUGUGUCAGUGGCUCCUGCCUGUCACAACUACGUAGGUGUAGCCAAGGUUAAACCUGGGGAAGUGUGGGAUCUCCUGUGACAUUUGCUGUCACUUUUACUCUCGGAGGGGAUGUAACACAACUCCUGUGAAGCACAGCCUUCUUCCUGCACAGGGAAACGACAGAGAGGGGCGGUUUGAUGGGCACGUAGAACAGGGUUUUUAAAUUCACGGCAGGUUUUUGCUGUGAGAUCAGUAGAGUGUUAAUGGGAGGAUGAGAGGGCACCUGAACAUUUGGCAAGCGAAGGAAUCCGCGAGGACAGCCAGGAGAGAAAGCCUUUGUGUGUUCCCAGGAGGUUUAAUGAAUGAUGUAAAAGAGAAUGAGACGGAACACACAUUUGAGCAAGGGGUUACCGAAGCCAUUCCAAUUUGUCAGACAAACUGAAAAAGCACUCAGUACUCAAUCAAUACGUAUGAUUAAUGUGACUAGCAGCACUCCAAUGCCUCUCGCUUAUCCACUCCUGUUAUCCUUUAAUGUGAAGGAUACUAUUUUUAUAUACUGAGCACCGUAAAAGGUAUAGACAAUAGGACGCUGCCAGUGAUUAGAAUUCUCAUGUUGCUAUACAAUUGUAUUUUCUGUCAAGUACCAAAAGGGAUAAAGAGCUUUUUUUUUGAGAGAGAGAGUUACUGACUUUUGCAGCCAAACUCUUCCUGGGACCUGUGUUCUUCCUUACGUAUAAACGAGGGAAGAAGGACUGGAAAGUUCACAAGGAACAAUUUUGCCUUACAGUAAAUGGGGGAGAGAGAAAAUGAUUCCUGGGUCUUGUGGUGAUGAGUAACUUAUAAAUGCUUUUAAAGCAAUGGCAUUUAAUUGUAGCUAGGUUACGGGUCUCACGAGGUUGCUUUUUAAAUUAAUUCCUUUUAAUGAUGAACUUCUGUGUUGUUCUGCCAUACAAGAAUUGUAUCGACUGUUUUAUUAGAAAUUAAAGAAAAUUGCUAAGUUUAUGUAGUUUCAAAAGGCAUUUUUGAGACUGACUGUCAGGGAUACUAAUGACUUAGGACUAGAUUUUUCAGUACCUCUGUGUACCUGCUUUACUCUUUUUCUUUCUUUUUUUUUUUUUUUUUCCCCUCUGCUUUAUCUGACUCAAUACCAGAUAAUAUUAGGAGGCUGUUGAGAACUAUUUAUUGGGUCAUUAAAGUGAAGAGUUAUUGCUCUGUGGCAAGUUUUACAAGAAAUCAUGAAAUUCUCAAAACUGCAUCAUGGAUAGCUGUAUUUUUUAUUUUUUUUUUUUUACUAUUAACUAUACAAGUAUAGCAUACUUGACAUUUGGUCUGAAGAGACAGUUCUCAGUUAUUCAGGCGGAUGAUGACACAUGAUUGCCUUUCACUUAUUCAUAUUUCUUUGAUUUUUCAGGAGAAAAAUUCACCCAGCUAUACACAAUUGCAAGAUCAGUCAGAAAUUUUGGUAUAGUGAUGCUGACACCCAUUUAGGAUUCUAUCUCAGUCUUUUAUCAAUAUUUACCAGCCUCCAUUCUUUUUACCUCCUUGGCCUUUGAGCAAUUCAUGUUAAUCUGAAUUGGGUGCUUAGUGUUAAAUUACGUGGGAUUUGAAAAAAAGGCUUUUGCUGUAUUUGUGGUGCUGUGAGUUUGUUUUAUAUUAGGGAUUUUAUCUUUAUAAGUGAAAUGACAGAUUGAGUUGCUGGGGUUUAUUGAAAAGAAAUCUUUCUUUCAUUUAUUUUUUUUUCUUCACCCUUUUAGGUUGUUGCUAAGGUUUAAUAUCUUCACGUAUUGCAUCCCCAAGUUUUUCAAAUAAAUCCUAAAGGGGAAAUGAAAACUGAUAUUUUUGACACUCCAGUGCCAAAGAAGCUGCUACAAAUUAGUCUUUAAUGCAUAUCAUAGAAGCAUAUCUAUAUUUUUGUCUUGCCAGUUGGUUUUCAUUUUGAUUUGAAUGUAUGGAAAGAGAAAAUUUGUACAACUGCAGACCUUGUUCGUAAUUAUGAUGUGCUUUUACUUCUGCUGGGUUAAUUUCAGUAGGUACAAUCUAUGUCAGCAAGUUGAGAUAAGGAAGAGAACCAUUUAGAAAAUGUUCUUUAUAAGUAAUUCUAAUAUAUAAAUUUCUGCAGAUACAGUGAACUCAUAAGGGAUAUAUAAAAAAACCAAAACCAACCCAACUGGAAACCCUCCCUAACCUUUGCUGAGGUCCCUGUCUUAGCAGAAACCCUCCUGUGGUACAGUUGUUAAAAACAAGAAGUCUUUUGCAGGGAUAGUUCUUUCAGUUUUUGUGACCAUCUUAAACUAUACUGGAAAUAAAACUUCCUGGUGGAGUUUGUUGGUAUAACUUAAUGGAAAUAUAAUUUAAGGGAGGUUGCCUGGCAGCUCAGUGCUGUUUGAAGCGUGGGUGUGUACGGAGAGAGCAUCAAAGACUCUUUUCUAGGGCAGUGAUUAAUUGUUUGCUGUCAGUACAAAUAGGAACCACUGUGUUUAACAUCAUGCCUGUAGAUACUUUGACUUGAAUUGUGCAAGUAUCUUAGUUAAGACAAGAUCUUACAAUCUUGAACAUUAAUUCUCCAAGUGAAAUGCGUUUUCAAGGACUUUAUCCACACCGCUAUUUCCCUUGGAAGUUUUGUAGCCCCACUGAAUGGCAGCAGUAGUUCAUACCAAGUUCUCCUUGGUCCCUGGUAGGUCUAGUGUGCUGGCAGAAAUAUAAAAAAAUGGGCAAAUUUAAAGGUGAAAUGGAGAAGUUACCUGCUUAACAAGGUACUUGCCAUUCUGAUGUGACCACGCUGGCUCAGAAGCAAGGUUGAGAUUCUGCUGUGGUUUUCAUGAAAAAACUCAGAACGAUGCUUUGCAAAGUUUAAGUUCAGGGGUUGUGUUAGUACCACAGGGAAGCACUAACGAGAGGCUGGAAGAAACAUCCUUAAAGUGCAAUAGAGAGCAAAUCUGGACCUGGGAAUAAUUCUCAGCAGGCACCUGAAGAGGGUGCUUUGCUCAAUGAGUUUGGGCAUUCAGCUGCUACUGGCACUUGUAUUUGUUUUAUAUUUCUCUGCUAUCUUGGUUAUUUCAGCUGUUGACACGUCCUCCUGCAAGCUAUUCUUUCCCUUUUGUUUAUGUUUUGACACUGUGCAGAAGACUAAUUUAAAUGAUUGAAGCUGGUUCUACUUAAAUAAAAGGUGUCUUUGGGUUAGGAUUGGAGAUAAUUGAGAAAAGGCUCACACAAUGAUUGUCCUCACCAAAACUCUGAUUUCAAGUGAGUGUACCGACUCUUUGCUAUGUUUCUUUUUGUGGUCACAGCCGUGCAAAUAAAAGCUAAUCACAAACAGU